GUGUCAGCUCCAAAUGCACAACAUAGAGAUUAUAGUGAGUGGAUUACGAGAGGAGAGGCUCAACUAUAACAACCAUAUGUGUGAUAGUGAUGUCAUGGGCAGAGACAUUUUUAUCUGUCUUAAGUUAUUGAUGCAUGUUACAAAAUAUAACACUAAUCUAUUGUGUCUUUAUUUGAUAGCAAGGAUUAUAUAACAAUUCAUCAUCCCAUAGAACUGCCAUUGUUAACUGCCACAGUUUUUAGUUUUUAUUGCAAUAAAUUCUUCCCUUGAACAUGUAAACUAUCUUGCUCUGAGUCAUUUUAUCUAUCCACAAAGCCAUUAAGAAGAAGAAGAAGAAAAAGAAGAAGAAGAAAAAGAAAAAGAAGAAGAAAAAGAAAAAGAAAAAAAAAAGAAAAAGAAUAAGAAAAAAAGAAGAAGAAGAAGAAGCCACAGAAGCCACAGAGCGGCACUGUUACAACCCGCUGCUAGAAUGCUGAUUCGCAGAAGAAGAGCACUUCCGCCUCUCUCUCGGCUCCCGCCCCGCUCCGCCAUCAUGAAGUCCUGAACAAAAACGGAUGGAAGUCGAGUAAAAUGGGGAUACCACGAACCGGGGAUGAAAAUUGCCGACACGAUUAGCGUUAUGACAGUGCAGAGCGGAGCACGGAGUGGAGUGGUGGAAAUUAGUACAUUAGCAUUCCACUGAGAACGACGCAGGCAGCUUCUGGCGUUACGUUAUUUAGUUAGCGGUUUUGCUAACAGCUGCUAGAGCUAGCCCCUGAUUUUCUUCAGCUAACUGGCUGCUGUAGCUGACAGGCGUCAGUCAGCUAGCUGUCACUUUAAUUGACUGGCACAUUACUUGUGUCAAGUCGUGCAGACGUGCUGGCUGUCCAGUUCACUGGGAGCUUCAAGAUGGAGAAGGGUUCGAGUAAAAGCAUCGACAGACAGAACAUGGUUUGUUCCUGUUGAACGGACGCCACUGUCGAGGAAAGGGGAGUGAAACCAAUAAUUUCCAUCCAGGCCGGAUAGCUAGCUCCCGAGCUAGCUACAGUGGAUCCCAAAAGCCACGGCGCUGGCCAUGCCGUCGAGUGUGCGGGCCGGGAGCCUGAAGGACCCGGAGGUGGCUGAGCUUUUCUCCAGGGAGGAUCCUGAAAAGUUCUUCACGGACCUGAGAGAGAUUGGUCAUGGGAGCUUCGGAGCAGUCUACUUUGCCCAUGACAUCCGUACCAAUGAGGUGGUGGCCAUCAAGAAGAUGUCUUAUAGUGGCAAACAGUCUAACGAGAAAUGGCAGGAUAUCAUCAAAGAAGUGAAGUUCCUUCAGAAGCUUCGUCACCCGAACACGGUUGAGUACCGUGGCUGCUACCUGAGAGAGCAUACAGCAUGGCUGGUGAUGGAAUACUGCUUGGGCUCAGCUUCUGACCUUUUGGAAGUUCACAAGAAGCCCCUCCAGGAAGUCGAAAUAGCUGCCAUAACCCAUGGUGCACUGCAGGGAUUGGUGUAUCUUCACUCUCACAACAUGAUUCAUAGGGAUGUGAAGGCAGGAAAUAUCUUGCUAACAGAGCCAGGUCAGGUCAAACUGGGAGACUUUGGGUCUGCCUCCAUCGUUGCUCCAGCCAACUCCUUUGUGGGAACACCCUAUUGGAUGGCCCCUGAGGUGAUCCUAGCCAUGGAUGAGGGUCAGUAUGAUGGAAAGGUGGAUGUGUGGUCACUUGGCAUUACCUGCAUAGAGCUGGCGGAAAGGAAGCCUCCUCUGUUCAACAUGAAUGCUAUGAGUGCCUUAUACCACAUCGCCCAGAACGAGAGCCCUGUGCUGCAGUCUAAUCACUGGUCCGAUUAUUUUCGCAAUUUUGUGGACUCUUGCCUGCAGAAGCUCUCCCCGGACAGACCUACCUCUGAUGUGCUUCUCAAGCACCAUUUCCUAUGCAGAGAGCGUCCCAUGACUGUUGUGAUGGAUCUGAUUGCACGCACAAAGGAUGCUGUUCGUGAACUAGACAACCUUCAGUAUCGGAAGAUGAAGAAAAUCCUCUUUCAUGAGGCUCACAAUGGUCCUGCACCAGAGGGAGGUGAUGAGGAAGAGGAUGUGGAACAGUAUAUGCUGCGCACUGGCACAGUCAACAGCAUGGAGAGCUCCCACUCUCUGCCAUCUAUGUCGAUCAGCGCCAGCUCCCAGAGCAGCUCUGUCAAUAGCCUGGCAGACGGCUCUGACGACAGCGGGGAGAUGGCCAUGAUGCAGGAAGGAGAGCACACAGUCACCUCCAAUAGCUCCGUCCUGCACAAGCCCUUGAGUCAUGACAACAUCUACGAUGAUCCCUACCAGCCAGAGGUUGAUGCCCAACGAGAAGGCUCUUCUGCUGGUGGAGGUGGCGGCGGAGGAGGGAGGCGUCGCAGAGGCAGAGACCAUUUUGCCACAAUCAGGACAGCCUCGCUCGUCACCCGCCAGAUCCAGGAACAUGAACAGGGAUCGGCAUUGAGAGAGCAAAUGUCUGGGUAUAAGCGAAUGCGGCGACAACACCAGAAGCAGUUGAUGGCACUGGAAAACAAGCUGAAAUCAGAGAUGGAUGAGCACCAGCUAAGACUGGACAAGGAGCUGGAGAAUCAAAGGAACAGCUUCUCGAUGGAAGCAGAGAAGCUCUCCAAGAAGCACCUGGGUAUUUUGGAUAAGGAGACUAAGGCAGUGCUGACUGAGGAGAAGAAGUUCCAGCAGCACAUACUGACCCAACAAAAGAAGGAGUUGACCACUCUGCUGGAGUCCCAAAAACGUCAGUAUCGGCAGCGCAAGGAGCAGCUCAAAGAGGAAUUAAAUGAGAACCAGUCGACACCAAAGCGGGAGAAGCAGGAGUGGUUGGUGCAUCAGAAGGAGUGUCUGCAGCAGCUGCAGGCGGAGGAGGAAGCAAACCUGCUGCGGCGCCAGAGGCAGUAUUACGAGCUACAGUGUCGCCAGUACAAAAGGAAGAUGCUUCUUGGGCGUCACAACUUGGAGCAGGAUCUGCUCCGAGAGGACCUAAACAAGAAGCAGACUCUGAAGGACCUGGAGUGCGCUAUGCUGCUACGUCACCACGAGUCCACCCAGGAGCUGGAGUUUCGUCAGCUGGGCUUAGUGCAGCGGACUCGAGCUGAGCUGAUUCGCACCCAGCACCAGACUGAGCUCACCAACCAGAUGGAGUACAACAAGAGGCGCGAGCAGGAGCUGCGUCAGAAACACGCCGUGGAGGUCCGCCAGCAGCCCAAGAGCCUCAAAUCCAAAGAGCUUCAGAUUAAGCGUCAGUUCCAGGACACAUGUAAGAUCCAAACCCGUCAGUACAAGGCCCUGCGCAACCACCUGCUGGAGAACACGCCCAAGUCGGACCACAAGGCCGUGCUGAAGCGGCUGAAGGAUGAGCAGACUCGUAAGCUGGCCAUCCUGGCUGAGCAGUAUGACCACUCCAUCAAUGACAUGCUGUCCACACAGGCUCUGCGUUUGGACGAGACCCAGGAAGCGGAGUACAAGGUGCUACGGAUGCAGCUGCAGCAGGAGUUGGAGCUGCUGAACGCGUACCAGAGCAAAAUCAAGAUCCACACCGACACCCAGCACGAGCGGGAGGUCAAGGACCUGGAGCAGAGGGUGUCCAUCCGCCGCGCCCUGCUGGAGCAGAGGAUCGAGGAGGAGAUGCUGUCCCUGCAGAACGAGCGCUCGGAGCGCAUCCGCACGCUCCUGGAGCGGCAGGCCAGCGAGAUCGAGGCCUUCGACUCCGAGAGCCUGCGUCUGGGCUUCAGCAACAUGGCGCUGACCGGCCUUCCCGGCGAGGCCUACGUCAAGCAGGGUUACCCCAACGUCCCGCCCCCCGGCGCCCGCUCGGCGGGCCACUGGAGCCACGGCAUGCACCCGCAGAACACGCCUCAGCAGCAGCACUCGCGCCGCAGCCACAACAGCGGCGGAGCCGGCGAGCGCCGGAGCGAGUCCUCCUCCUCCUCCUCCUCCCAUCUGGGGUUGGCCCUGGGGCUGGGGCGGGACGGAAGGGAGGCGCACCACUCGUCCCGCUCCUCGGCCUCGUCCUCCUCGUCCUCCUCCUCGUCUUCCUCCCACCACCAGCGCCACCACCUGCCGCAGCACUACCACCACCAGAGCACGCCGCAGCUGUACCGCGAGCGGGAGCGGGACCGAGAUAGGGAGCGGGAGAAGGAGAGGGAGCGCGAGUGGGCCGGGGUGCGAGGCUCCGGCGGGGACCUGGCCCACCCACACCCCCUGCCCUUCUCCCAUCACCUGCCCUCGCGCUCCUCCUCCCAGUCCCUGGCCAUGCUACCUCCCCCGCCACCUGCCCCUCCAACCAUCUCUGGCCCAUCCUCCUCCUCCUCCUCCUCCUCCUCCUCACAGGGAGGGAUCUACGGAGGUAGCGCUCUAGGCGUGCGCGGUGCCCCCAGCCUGAUGGCCCUGAAGCACAGCCCCCAGCCUCUAAGGAGGACGGCAUCCGGCGGGGGGCCCGGAGGCGCCGGGGGCAGUGACGGCGUCCUGAGCCGAAGCACCUCGGUCACUUCACACAUCUCUAAUGGCUCCCACCUCUCCUACUCCUAAACGGCAGGACAGGACAGGGUGGGAGCGACUUAGGAAGGUAGCUACCACAGGCUGCACCUCAGUUCUCUCAGCUUGCCGCAUUGCCUUGUGUCCUUUCUUGGACUAAUCUUAGAUCACAGAAUAGCUGAAAUACAGAGGAUUUAGUGACAUCCCCCUCUUUCCUCCCAACGCACAGACAUGCAAAAAGAUCAGUCACCAUCAGAGGCAAACAGAGGACAAACUGACAUGAUUGAGCUGCACCCUGCUCCUUUAGACUCAGGGUGGGUAGAGAGGCUUUCUCCCAUUCUCACUGGUGUAACGUAAGAAGGGGGGGGGCAUGUAACCACCUGUACCACCACUGGUUUUAGGUGACACAACUUGUAGUUUAGUGUUUUUAUCAUUGUUAGCGCCUGUAUAAAAGUUACAUACGACGUGUGAAAGGAGGAAUAUUAAGGCUUUUGAUGUCUCCCAGAGCUGCAGAAGGUGGAGGUGGCGGCCGUGUCUUCUUCUAUGAUAUUCUGUGCUGGAAUGGAGAACGAGAUAAGGCAGGGAGAGCGGUGGGAAGCAGUGUUUUCUUUGCAAUGUGUACUUGUAUGUAGUCUGUAGUGUGCAAUAUUAUCUUGCAAGAACUUGAAACUUACGCUCCAGAAAGGAAAAGCGAGGAGAACCACAAAGAUGGGUUACUUUAAGUCUGUGCUGCUGGACUUUGGGGGGGGGUCUUUUACUAAAUUUACAGCUGUUGAUGUUCUGUUGAUCUUCUUUUCUACUGAGCGUAAAAAAAGGCAAGUUGCUUGGAGUGUCACCAAUGCCUUUAAGGGGUUCUUAAAGGGAUGCCGUGCCAUCAAGGUUUUUAGUUUGACAACUGCAAGAGGUGUUCAAAGCAAAUGCACAGAAUGUUUAUAGAGGCGAGAGACUCUGUACUAAAAAAAGCAGGAGACACGUUUGUGUGGAUAUGUACAAAUACUAAAAAAAGUCUUUCUGGCAUCCAUGACAUAUUGAAUAUCUAAACAGCAUAGUAGGUGUCAAUGGGAGUCACUCCAAUGCAUGAGAUAGAUGUACAAAAAAACAAAACACAAAAAAAGGUGUAAACAUGACAAAACACAUUUGAAAUGUAACGUACCUGUCCAAGUUUCACUGGCAUUUAAAAUCACCUGUCCCACGUUUUUAAUCUCCACUGUACAUAUUUAUGGGAAUAUUAAGAAAAACAAGUCAUUUGGUUUUAUAGCGUAAAGAUAAUAAUAGUAAUUUUGAUAUAUUCAAAUGAGUAUUGAGUUCCAGACUUAGAGCGACAACUCCAAAUGCAUUUUCUAUAGGUGUCAAUAUUACCAUAACUAAUCCUGGUGUAAUUGUUGGUGUAAUCAUGUUCACAUUUUUCUUGCGAGAAGCAAAGGGCCCGGUUUUAAGAAGAAAAAAAACAGAUUAUGAUGAACAAUGUUGGGUAUGGUGCAUAUUUAAGGUAUUAAUGGUUAUUAAUAAGCAAUUAUUAAUAAUUGUUAAUGGUUCAUGUAUGUGUGUUUGAACGGUAAAGUGUAGUAUUGCCACUUUUCUAGACAACAAAAUAAUUUUAGAAGACAGUCCAACAACAGGGACACCCCCCGCUGUUCACGUAAACUCUGACCUCGUCCACUGGACCUUUCAUGAAAAACUGAAAACAAUUUUUUUACAAUUGGCCACUGGAAUGUAAGCGCUGGUUUACUUUUUCUUUGGUUCUUUAGUUCAGGACUAAGUUUCCACACAGAAUCUCUCAAAGGAAGCAAGAAAGCAGACGUGACAUUGCACAAUUUGUGUUGAUAAUCUGACCCGAACCCCUGGCGCUGGAGAGGAGGUGGAAGGACGGAUGGUGGCUGAGCCGCUGUGAACGUGCACCCCCUUGUGCCGGCGCAGCAGCAGUGACUGGCACGGCCCGUCCUCACAGAGACCGAUCAGUGUUUCCUGCACAUGAUGCUCCUGAGGCCCGGAGGCUCGCUCUCCCUUCUCUGGGCUGUCACUUACUUGAAAUAAGUCACUUUUUUUGUUUUGUUUUUUAAAAUAUUAUUUUAAUUGAAAAGAAAUGAUGUUUGUAUGACUCAGAAACACCAGCUCAAGACAAUUCCCUGUAUAACCUACUACUUUAUGCUUGGUUGGAAUCUCAGUGCAUGCAUAAACUCCUUAUAUAAACUUAGACCGGCGAGUUUGGGAAACAAGCUUUUCAUUGGGGGAAAUCAGUGUGCUGUCCGUAGAUGGGUUACUGUCAGUGACAGAGGCACAGCAGGGAGUCUCAGUUCCUGUGUCUCCCCUGGGUGAAGGUGAAGAAGCAACAUGAGCUCGUCUGUGUUUUACAGAGAUUGUUUUUUUUUUCUGGGGAUGGGUGGGGGUCCUUAUUUAAUUUUAAAAUCAAGCAGAUCCAAGCUUGAGGAGGAGAAGGGAGACGGGUCCUAACACAAGUAUUGGAAAAGAAAAGGGGUGCUUUAAAAAGUAAUUUAACAAAAAAUAAUAAAUUGAUAUUAACACAUUAA